AUGGAGCUGGCGUACCCGAUCUUCUUCCUGUUCCUGCUGCUGCGAGCUGGAGCGAGUGGGGCCAAGCAGGGUGUGGGGAGCGGGGAGCGACAGAUCGAGCAGCGGUUCGCGAUGGAACCGCAGGAUCAGACGGCCAUUGUUGGGUCGCGAGUGACGCUUCCGUGCCGGGUUGUCAAUAAAUCCGGCCAACUACAGUGGACUAAGGAUGACUUCGGGCUCGGAACACACCGGAACCUGAGCGGGUUCGAGCGAUACACAAUGGUUGGGAGCGAUGAGGAGGGCGACUUUUCGCUGGACAUUUCACCGGUCAUGCUGGACGAUGACGCCAAGUAUCAGUGUCAAGUUGGUCCCGGCAAAGGCGGCACGCCCGGGAUUCGGUCAAGGUUCGCCAAGCUCACGGUGCUGGUACCUCCAGAAGCUCCCAAGAUUGUACAGGGUGACUUCAUGGUCACGACGGAGGAUCGUGAGAUAGAGCUGGAGUGCGUGUCGGUGGGAGGGAAACCGGCAGCAGAGAUCACGUGGAUUGAUGGACUCGGCAACGUCCUAACGAAAGGCAUCGAGUACAUGAAGGAACCACUACGGGAUGCGCGACGAUACACCGCAAAGUCAAUUCUGAAGUUGACCCCUAAGAAGGAACACCACAACACCACGUUCACCUGCCAGGCGCAGAAUACGGCUGAUCGGACAUACAGGUCCGUUCGGUUGAAGCUGGAGGUGAAGUACGCACCGAAGGUAAAGAUCGCUGUGAUAGGAGGUGCGCUGAAUGGAGGUCGCAUUCUCGAGGGUACAGAGGUGCGACUUUCCUGUCGCGCGGAUGCCAACCCACCAGACGUAACCUUCCGAUGGUUCGUUGGUGAUGAACUUUCCGACGGCAACCAUGCAUCUGAGCUGCUUAUCGCCAAUGUUUCGCGGAAAUACCACGGCACUACGGUCAGGUGCGAGGUCCGCAACGCAGUAGGUCGCAGUGAUGAAAGCGAGACACUUGACAUCAGCUAUGGACCGAGCUUCCGGACUUUGCCGCAGUCGGUUGAAACGGAUCCUGAAGCGACCAUCACCCUCGGUUGUGACGUCGACGGUAACCCAACUCCUGACGUCCUCUGGAUCCACGAGCCCACAGAUCAGGUCGUUUCAAGUGCGGCAAACGUGACACUAGUCGUGACACCAGCCACAGCCGGUCGGUACUACUGCAAAGCGAGCGUGCAGGGCUUUCCAGAGGUGGAAGCUGAUGCCACGGUAUACCUGCGAGGACCACCGACUAUCAGUUCUCCUCGCCAGCAGUACGGUGCGGUGCAUGACAGCGCUCAGCUCGAGUGUGUUGCCCUUUCAAUCCCAAAACCGCGCCACGUCUUGUGGUCGUUUAAUGGACGUGAGAUUAACGUCAGUACAGAACCGAGUGCCGCAGAGUACCGAACAUUGGACAGCCCGAUGCCGAAUGGAGUCCGCUCUACGCUCGUCAUCCAUCACUGCCUGCGGGAGCACUUUGGCCGGUACAACUGCACGGUUGUCAAUGACUACGGUGUCGACUUCCUGGAGAUAGAGUUCGUGUCCAAGGAACAAAAUCUCUUACCGGUUAUCGUUUUGGGCUCCCUCGGAGGGAUCACGUUUUUAAUCAUUGUCAUUGUAAUUGGCAUAUGCUUGUGUAGUCGCCGUAGCAAAAAGAAGCACCUUCCACCCGCCGACGUCAUCCCGAAGUAUGACGUGCCAGGGAAGGAUUGUGGUGAGCAUGGUGGCUGUGGAACCGGUGGUGGCAGCAGCGACCAUAAAAUAGACCGAACUGACGAUAGACUGGAGAGUGAACACCCACGGGACACCAUCACCACCAACAUCGCGCUAAACGUGCGCUCGACUACUGCCACACCCGUCGGUGCUGGUGCCAUCAGUUCGUCCUUGACUGCCCUCAAAAGCGACACAACCGAUUACAGCCGUUACUCAGGCGAUUUUUCGGACUCACUAAGCCACCUGCAGUGCCAGAAAUCGGGCCCAGCCGGUAGCGGUGUGACGCCCGGUGGCAACAACAAUGGCUACGUACCAUACGUCAACUACGCUCGCGAUUACAGCCCACCCACGCAACACCUGAUGCAGUUUAAGGCGAGCAGCAGCAGCAGCAGUAUCGGCACCGCCCUAACCGGGAAACCUCCGAUGGCGUCUACAAAACCCCCGAACGGGCAGCUUCCAACCGGCACGAUGACGCUGUCCCGGAAGCGCACACCGGGCCCGGAUGGUGGACUACCGAGCAUCCAGAGCAGCGUGUCCUCCAUCCCGAACGGGUUAAUGAAUCAUCCCAUGCUAGGGUGCCAUAUCGGGCUGGACACAAGAUUCGGUGCCAACUACGGCACGUUGCACGGUCGUGGAAGCAACAGCCCGAUGCAGCUACCACCACCUGCGACGGCCAAUCCAGCAGCCACACCAGCUCCACCACCGUACAGCGCCACUCGAAACCAAAACUGCUUACUCGGGCUCGGACUUAACCCCGGUCCAGGUGGAACAUCCGGCAGCCUGGCGAGCAGUGGCACCAACUCCGGCUUGAUGGCGACCGGUUCAAGCAGUCCCAGCUCGACGCAGUCUGGUUCGCUCUCUCUCGCCAGCUCGCAACUCUCGCAAGGUCCUUCCAUCGCGGGAACAGGAGUCACUGUAUCGGGUGUCAACUCGACGGCAGCACAGUCACAGACGCAACAACAGCAACCCAACAGCCCUCCGGGUCAAUUUAUUCUUCCAUCGAGCAGCGCAAUUAAACCGGGCGUACUGGCGACCCACGUGUAG